AUGAAAAAAAUUCAAUUGGGUUUAGCGAUCAUUGGCUUAGGUUUAGCAUCUUCAACAGUUUUUGCAGCUGCUGAUGGUACAGUAACAGUUACAGGUAAAAUCGUUGAUCAAACUUGUACAGUUGGUGGUACUGCUGGUAACUAUACUGUUGUUUUACCAACUGUAGGUAAAUCAACUUUAGCGACAGCGGCGACAACAAAUGGCGACACUAAAUUUACCAUUAAUUUAACAGCAUGCCCUGUAGGUAAUGUGGGUGUUUAUUAUGACAACACCAAUGCAAAUAUUAAUACUGCAGGCCGUUUAAACAAUACCGUAACGACUGGCGGUGCAACAAACGUAAAUAUUCAAUUAUUGAACUCUGCAAAAGCAGUGAUUGACCUCACUAAAGAUCGUACAGGCCAAAACAUUGUGACUUCAAAUGUUGCAACUGCAAACGGUUCUGCAAAUCUUGAUUUUUAUGCACGUUACUAUGCAACAGGUGCAACGACUGCUGUUUUCAAACAAGUCUGCGUUAAUUUCUACACCUUAACCAGACUUGCCUCUCCCCAAGGUACUUUGAUCACAUCCGCUCAAGCAGGUAUUGUGAUUACAGGUACCCGUGUAAUUUACCCUAGUGAUAAAGAAUUUGUAUCUGUGCAAUUAACCAAUGUAGGUGAUCAAGUUGCAUUAGUACAAUCAUGGGUGGACAGUAAAGACAUUAUUGCAGAUCCAACCACAACCCAAGCCCCAUUUAUUGUUACCCCUCCAAUAACCACGAUUGAAGCUGCUAAAGGUCAAUCUUUACGUGUCAUUUUCAAUCAAAAACAAAAACUUGCUACUGAUCGAGAAACAUUGUUUUGGCUCAACGUACUUGAUAUCCCAGCCAAGCCAACAGCUGAAGCAAAUUACUUACAAUUUGCGAUUCGUAACCGCUUAAAACUGUUUUACCGACCAACUGGCAUCAAAAUGGAACAGCAACAAGCGUUUCAAAAAGUUGAAUUACAACGUGUAAAUAACCAACUACAAAUCAAUAAUCCGACACCUUAUUACUUAAAUUUUGGUAAAUCGAAUCUGGUUUUAAAAAAUGGUGCGCCAAGCGAAAUUAAAAAUCUAAGCUUUAUAGAACCAUUUUCAAAACAACAAAUUGAGGUCGAAAAUUUAUCAGACGCCAAGUCCGUCCAGCUUUAUUUAAUCAAUGACUACGGCAGUUUAUCGACAAUAGAGAAACAGUUUUAA